GCCAAGAGGGUGUCCUUUCGUGUCGUUAGAUAAUAAGCUUAAACAAGGAAGAGUCCUCGAAACGAGGUGCAUAUCCAGAACUCCUUGUCAAAGGCAAUAAUGGCAUCUCCACUUACUUUAGAUGGGAAAACCAGUUUUUCUUCUCUCGUUGAUUACCUUUACUUUUUUCUCUUUUGCUUCCCGGGUCCUUCUCUUCUUUGAUAAAUUUCUUAUUUCGUGGCGACCCUUUUCCUCUUGUCUAAGAGCUGGCUUUUACCUCUUUCACGUCAUGAAAGUUUCUUCGGGAUAUGGAGGCAAGAUAUGGGUUUCAUCAUAUAUGUUGAGCUUAAAUAGAUUCCCCCAUUGUGUCUUAUUUAAAGGUACACCUAGCCCCUGGCUUUCUCUGAAGUCUUUAUCCAUCAAAGUAAGAAGCAUGCUUUACCGUUGUAGCUCACCAAACAAGUAUAAGAGGUUGGAUGCAAAGCUUGAAAGGAAAAUGGUUGAGGCCAAGAAAGGUUUCUCAGGAUAUCACAAAUUCAAGUCAAUUAACAGCAUAAUUAUGAAGUUCCCUCAGUUAAGAGACAGUUUGAAAAACAUUAGAGCUGUGUUUGAACAGUAUGUGGCUCUCUCUCUCUCUCUCUCUCUCAUAGAUGAGGACUCUAAUGGAACUAUUGACCAAGAGGAACUAAAGAAAUGCUUACAGAAACUGCAACUCCAUCUUACCGAGGAGGAGGUUGAGGAUCUUUUCCACUCAUGUGACAUUGAUGGCCAUGAAGGGAUACAAUUCAAUGAGUUUAUUGUUCUUCUCUGUCUUAUCUAUCUUCUGAAGGGGCCUUCCUCUAAUACUACGUCAAGGUUGGGUUCGCCACGGCUUGAAGCGACUUUUGAUACUGUAAUUGAAGUGUUCUUGUUUCUCGAUAAGAAUGGAAAUGGAAAGCUGAAUAAGAAUGACAUGGUCAAGGCGUUGAAUGACGCUUCUCCUCGGGAGAAAUCCCCUUCUCACAUCACUCGAACCCGUUUCGAAGAAAUGGACUGGGACAGGAAUGGGCAGGUCAGUUUCAGGGAGUUCCUCUUUGCUUUCAUCAAAUGGGUUGGGAUUGACACGGAUGAAGAAAUGCCUCUUACAGAAGGUUAAACAAAUACAGGACAGGUUAAGAAAUUUGUGUAUAUACCUUGAGUUGCAAAAAUAUGUAAAUACUUGAUAUUAUCUCUAGUUUCAAUCAUUUAAGAUGUCUUUACAGAUGUUUGUAGUUUGGACCAUCUUGCGGAUCCCAAUGAUAUCUACUGAUGUUUAUCUCA